GUGUAAUGAGUGGAGGGAGAAACGCACAGCAGCAGCUUGUCCUGCUACCCAGCCCCGGCUGUCGUUCAGGUAAAAGAAGGAAACAGGACGCAGCUGCAGCGCUGCAGUUCACGGCUCAACCCCGAACAGACACAAUUUGUUUUGAUCUCUCUUUCCUCCGACUCCUCCACGCUGGAGCCUCAGCCUGUUGCACACACUUUUGUCUGUAGGCUACUGCGCGCACAGUGUCUCUUUCGCGCUGGGAGCAUGGCUGCCAUCAAGGCUUUGGAGCAGUGGUGUAAAGUGCAGUGUGACGGCUACCGAGAUGUAGCCAUCACCAACAUGACGACAUCAUUCAAGAACGGAUUGGCUUUCUGUGCGCUUAUACACAAGUACAGACCGGACCUGAUAGACUAUGACUCACUCAAAGAGGAAGAUGUGUUUGAGAACAACAGACUGGCUUUUCAGGUCGCAGAGGAGAAGUUGGGAAUUCCAGCUUUGUUAGAUGCAGAAGACAUGGUGGCUUUAAGGGUCCCAGACAGGCUGAGCAUUCUUACCUACGUCUCCCAGUACCACAACUACUUCAAAGGACGGCCUCCCAUGGGAGGUGUAAAAAGGCCAGCAGAGGGCUCCAAGGAGGAGCCAUCAGAGAAGAAAAAUCUCCCAGUGGUUGCCAAAACCUUUGUGCCUAAAACUGCCAUUGAGAAUCGUUUACCUUCCACCCUCGCUGCUCAGACCUCCCCUAAGUUGGCUAGAGCUGCUCUUCAGAAGGAAGUUCUUGCGGGAAACUCCAACAAAAAUGGAACUCUCAAUAGCAAAUGUGCUGCAUGCAAGAGCCAUGUUCAUCUGGUUCAGAGGCAUUUUGUGGAUGGCAAGCUCUAUCACAGAAGCUGUUUCAAAUGCAGUGAAUGCUCCAGCGUGCUUCAUUCAGGAGGCUACAAACCUGGGAAGAAUCCAGACACUUAUAUCUGUAACGCCCACCAGAACAGCUGCAAAUCAUCCUCCUCCGAAGCUGGGAUCAAAAACGGACCCGCGAGUUCAGCUGGGCGAUUAAAUAGUGCCAGCCAGACCCAGCCGGCAUCACGCCCCUCUUCUUCUGUGCUGUCAGCCCCACUGAAUAUUGUCUUAAAGCCAGUCAGUCCCACUCCACCUUCCCAGUCCUGGAUGGCCUCAGCCCAUAAGACGCAGACGGCCAGGCAGAGUUUUUUCCAGGCUGCAGCGCCAGUCACAGAGGCCUCAACAGGUAACCGGAAGCCCACAGAGCCCUCAAGUGUUUUAGGAAGGCUAAAGGUCCCACUGAGUCCUGAUGACGAGAAGAGCAGAGUCAGAACAACCACUGGAAAGAAAUUGGCAGAGGAAAACUGCAACAAUAACAACAAACGCCUGUUCACCAUCCGAUCAGCAGAGAGACUGUUUGGAGACAAGCCAAGUUCAGCUGACAGCCCCAGUUUGAGAAAAGAUAAAUGCAGCCAAGGCCCAGCAGGAAACUGGGCAGGACAGCCCUCCACCAGCCAGACAAACAAUAAGGAACCGCCAUGUCUGAAGGCCAUCAACAAAGACAACACAAGGCCAACAACUGUACACACAACAGCCAAAGAUCCAGUCUGGGGACAAUUGAAGCUCAAACCUGUGAAAAUUGAGCAAGGUUUAAAACAUGCUGAAGCUGAAGCCUUUACUGAGCAACAUAAGCCUGGAUCCAUGUCCGCGACUUCCUCUAAUGUCCCCAUCAGUGUAACAAGGUCUCCCAUGGCUCCAACACCUGCAGUACCUCCUGUUAGUUUUGCUCUGUUUGAUCCUGAACACUUCAGGGUAGUGUCUCCCCAGAAACCUCAGCUUGGUUCCGGAAACCUUGGUUUUAAACAUGGGAGUCACUCGCCUGUGAAAUCCCCACCCAGACGGCCAGCUGUGGAAUCUAUUAGCUCUUCGAUGACUGCUCCAGCCAAUCAUGGAAAGCCGCCAGGUGCUAAAAAGGGAAAGUAUUUGUCACCCCCCAACGCCUCCAGAACUGAAAUGAGGUCACCCUCUGUGAAGUCUUAUCAUAUUCCAGUGGAGCAGAUUGAGAGGGACCUGAAUGAUAUUGAGACAAACGUGGUUCAGUUAGAGAAGGAGGGUGUGGAGCUGGAAAAGAAACUCCGCAGCUGUGAGGAAGCAACAAAACCUCACAUUUUUUUCGAGCUUGUAUACAUAGCCAGGACUCAGGAGCUGGAGCAGCAGCAGCCAGGUGUGGAGGGGGAACUUCGUAGGCUGCUGGAGAAACCAGAUCAUUUAAAGUCCAAAGAGGAGCAACAGCGGGAGAAGAAGUUGAUGCAGAGACUGAUGGAGAUUGUGGAUGGCAGAAAUGCUAUAGUGGAGGGUCUGGAUGAAGACAGGCUGAGGGAGGUGGAGGAGGAUCAGCAGCUGAAUGAAAUGAUGCAAAAUCUUGGAGUAAAGAAAGCUAAAAGUAAGAGGAAAUCUUCCAUCUCGAAACUGUUCAAGCGAAGAAGUAAAAGACGAGUGGAAUGAUCCGCAAGGCAAUUCUUACUACACUUACAUUAUUGUCUUUGUCUACUGAAUAAUUAUCUUUUAAAAAUGUUUUAAGGUUUUUAAAUUCAAGUACUGCAGUACCUGGUGUGCUAAUGAGAAGGCAAAUGAAGAGAUGUCCAAUUAGGAAGCAUGAUGGGUCAAAUUAUGUGUUGUUUCUAUUUGUUUCAGAAUAUUUCAAAUUAAAGGUUUUAGUUAAAGUGUUGUUUUUGUUUAACAUCCACCUUCCGUUCUUUGUUUUGUGUUAUUUAAGUGAAGUGAGAAUUUCUGAAUAGCUUAUUCAAUCUUAGCUCUUUUCACAAGAGGUGUCCUGUUUUUUUCACGUUUUUCACAGUUUAUAAAGAAAAAGAAAAUGGUGUUUAAUUACGUGGCAAAUGCAGCUACGAGUUUUUCUCUUACAUUGAUUAGACUUCAGUGUCACAAGAAAAAUGCCUUGAGUCACGGAUAUGUUUUUUGUUUAUAGAUUAUAUUUAUUGAAUGAUUGGAUUGAGGUAUAAUUAAUAAUUUAGCAAAUCAACUCGCACUGGGUCACAGAAAUUGAAUGUUGUGUGUUAAAAACUAUACUAACUAAAAGCUAUCAUGAUUUUCAAAUUACAGAGGGGACACAGGCUGUUCCACAUGCAAAUAGGAAUGAGAAUAAAUGUGUAAUCCUUCAACUGUCUUGAUCCAAAAUGAAAUUAUUUCAGUAUUUAUUUAAUAAUGGAUUUUAACAAAUUUCCUGUAAGGAUAUUAGCAGGAGGAAAAAGCCUUGACAAUUAAGCUUGAAUGGCUGUGGAGUCUAAAAUGGAGAGCCACACAUGUUGAACUGCUUUGUUGCAGACUGUAGUUCCUCUCUCACACUGUACUGUAGGUGGCAGCCUGGGUAUGCUGUAUCACAAGGCAAGAACUUGGAAAUCCAAUUUGCCACAGUACGGACAGUUAAUUUCUUUGCUAAUUUUAUAAAUGCUGCAAAAAUGUUCAGCUGUGCUGAUACAAUAAUGUUAUGUGAAAGAGGAUUAGGUAGAGCAGUAGCUUAUGGCCAGGGAAGGCUUAUAAACUAUAGGUUGUAUUGAGCUUUUUAUCUUCAAACCGGGUUUAAUUAAACAUUUACUCUUUACUAAUAUCUGCAUCAGAAAUGCUCCGCACCUGAGCCAUUAAAAUGUUCAAACGUCAUGUGGAGUCGCUCAUGUGUGAAAAUGGCAUUCGCAGUGUUUGUAAGGAAUGUACUGUAAUGUUGCAUUGGAAUAAUGAAUGGUAUGUACUUGUACUCUAUUUAUAGUAUUUUUAAACUUGAAAUCUGUAGUCCAAUAAAUCCUUUUGAAGAUUA